UCGCAUAUGCCUUGUUGUAGCACUCACUUACAUCUGUAAAAUAUAACUAAAACCACGAUUGGACCCUGAAUUAUGGCUGCAGCCAAGAAGAAAAAGAAGGAAAAAGACAAAAAGAAACGCGUUAAAACUAAAUCAGCAUUUGCGAAUUUCUUUGAAAAGAAUUUAGGAAAAAUAUGUCUCACAAUUGGUAUAUUCGAUUUGACGCAUGCUCUUUUUUUCGUCCUUCAAGCCACCAUUUCUUUGGUCACAAGCUUCAAUAUAUACACAAUUUUUGCACUCUUGGGAACUAUAUUUUGGGUGCUGAUCGUUAUCCUGCUGAUUGUGGGUCUAAGUAAGCGACGUCCUGCCUUGGUUAAAGCCUGGAUCAUUUUCUCUGUAGUUGGUUUCAUUGCGGACAUAGGAUUUUUAAUCUGGGGGAUCUUAUCUUCAGUAACAGUGGACUGGGAUCACUUAAAGGAGUUUUCCAUUAUAUUUAUGGGAAUAUUUAUCGAGAGCUUGUGCAUAUACCUUGUAUAUAGAUACUAUGUGGCAAUGGAUCCUUGUCGGCUAAUUGAUGAACCCGAAAGAGGAACAAGAAAGAAAAUGAGAAAACAGCUGGAUCAAAAGAAAUGCAAGGAAAGCCAGAAGUCGGCCAGGAAGAGCAGUAAGAAGUCCGAGAAAAAUAAAAAGAAACCAGUGAAGAAAAAAUGAAAUUCAAUACUUUUGGGGGCUAAAGUUUUUAAAAUAUUUGUGAAUUUUAGUUUGUGCUGGUAGGCUUUUAGUUCUACUCUCAUUAAAUAUAUUUUAAAUACAAAUUUAAUUAUAUACAUCG